AUGGCGCCAAAGAAAGAUCAAAGCUCGAAGUCCAAAACCCCCGUUCAGCCUGUUCCCGAGAAGCGAGGCUAUGAAUUCGGAGGCCCGCUCGGCGCGUUUGGAAUUGUCUUCGGUCUACCAGUCCUGGUCUAUACCUUUUACUUCGUCUGCAAUGAUGUCUCCGGCUGUCCCGCACCGUCGCUCCUCCACCCGUCCACGCUGUCGCUCGAGCGAUUGAAACGCGAAGUCGGCUGGCCGAAGGAGGGAAUUGUCGCGCUCUAUGAUACUCAGGCCAUGCUGUGGACGCUGAGCUAUUAUGCCUUCAGUCUGUUUCUGCAGGUCUUCCUGCCUGGACAAGAGGCGGAGGGCAUUGCUUUGGCUUGUGGCGGCCGGCUCAAAUACAAGUUCAAUGGUAUGCGCACUUCUCCUGAAUCUGCGGAGCUUCUUUCUGACCUUCUUCCCCUCUUAUCAGCCUUCUCCUCUGCAGUCAUCAUUCUCUCUGGUCUGGCCGGCGGCACGUACAUCUAUGGUGCGGAUUUCGUGGUGUGGACGUUCCUGUGGGACAACUAUCUGCAGGUGAUCACAGCAAAUCUGAUAAUAUCCUCGCUGAUCGCGCUUUUCGUGUAUGUGAGGAGCUUCUCCGUCCCCGCACCGGGACAGCCCAACCCCAAUCUGCGCGAAUUGGCUCCUGGCGGCCACACGGGAAAUCCCCUUUACGACUUCUUCAUUGGACGGGAACUCAACCCGCGUAUUCGCCUGCCUAUUCCAUUUGUCAGCGAGCCUUCCCGGACAAUCGACAUCAAGGUGUUCAUGGAGAUGAGACCAGGUUUGCUUGGAUGGACAAUCCUGAACCUCUCCAACGUGGCCCAUCAGUACCGGACUUACGGGUAUGUUACGGAUUCCAUUGUGCUGGUCACUAUUUUCCAGGGCUUUUACAUCCUGGAUGCAUUAUACAUGGAACCGGCCAUCAUGACCACAAUGGACAUUAUCAUGGAUGGCUUUGGUUAUAUGCUUUCCUUCGGCGAUGUGGUUUGGGUUCCGCAUAUCUACUCUGUCCAGAGCCGGUAUCUGUCCAUCUUUCCCUAUGAACUCGGCUGGACUGGCAGGGCAUUCGUGCUGGGCGUCAUCGCUGUCGGAUACUCGAUUUUCCGUGGCGCCAACAACCAGAAGAACCGAUUCCGCACCAAUCCCGAUGAUCCUAAGCUGAAGCAUAUCAAGUACAUUGAGACUGCCAGUGGAUCGAAGCUGAUGACGUCCGGCUGGUGGGGCUUGGCACGACACAUCAACUACCUGGGUGACUGGACCAUGUCAUGGGCCUAUUGUUUGCCGACUGGUGUUGCCGGCUAUGUUAUCAUCGAGAGCAUCAACCCGGGCACUGGAAAUCUUCAGAAGCAGGCCUUGCAGACCGCCGAGGCCCGCGGCUGGGGUAUGAUUCUGACCUACUUUUACAUGCUCUAUUUUGCGAUCUUGUUGAUUCACCGGGAAAGACGUGACGAGGAAAAGUGCAAGAAGAAGUAUGGCGCUGACUGGGACCGAUACACCUCUAUGGUGCGCAGCCGGAUCAUCCCCGGAAUUUACUAA